UGCAUUGGUGUUGCUUGGCUUAAGUAGUCGAACGGCGGCUCGCGCUUCAACAUUUCGCAAAAUUCUUUCAAACGUUUCGGUUCCCGUUGUUGGUAACAACAGUGGCAGCGGAUUUGAUUCAAUUUUUAUUGCCGAGCUUCUCCGGGAAGCCUUCUCGUUGCCUUUUAGCAGCAGCACACGGAGCGAGAGAGCCAGUCGCCACCAGGGUGGGAGUGAGAAUCGAGACCAGUUUUCCACACCGCAUCCUUCGCAAGUGAAAACCAAAAUCUGAAAGCACAUGCAUAGGAACGCUGUGAUAUAGAGUGGAAAAAUCUACCUAAAAUAAAACAAACUUUUAAAAGUGUUUGAAGGCGAGUGAUUUCUGUUGUAAUUUUUUGUAACAUCACACUGCAGCAGCAUCAUCUGUGAAAGAUGGCAUUCAGAGUGGUUAGUUUAUUGAUUCGUCAAGAACUGUCCGCAUUUGGCGGUAAAACAACAACGCGCAUGAUCAGUACUGGCACAGUACGAUCAGCACGUAUUUUGAAGGACUCUCCCAAUGCACAUCUCAACAAGACAUUGCUUGAUCGCUAUCAGAAUCUGAAGUACAACCCCAAAUAUGUGCAGGCAACUUAUGUCUGGAUUGAUGGAACGGGAGAAAACGUUCGUCUGAAGGACCGAGUUGUAGACUUUGUUCCAAAAAAGCCGGAGGAUUUACCAAACUGGCAGUAUGAUGGAAGCUCAACAUAUCAAGCACUAGGCAAAAAUUCAGAUAUCAAACUGGUUCCACGAGCUCUCUAUAAGGACCCGUUCAAGCCAGGAGACAACGAUGUGAUUGUUCUGUGUGACACGUACCAACCGGACGGUAAACCGACAGAAUCGAACAAGCGUGCUGCUAUGCAGGAGGCCUACAAUAAGACCAAAGACUACGAGCCGUGGUUCGGUAUUGAACAGGAGUACACAUUCCUGGACAUCGAUGGCAGGCCGCUGGGUUGGCCUUCGGGUGGUUUUCCUGGACCACAAGGUCCGUACUACUGCGCUACCGGUGCUCAAAAUGUAGUUGGUCGUGAUAUUGCUGAGGCUCACGCUCUUGCCUGCCUGUAUGCAGGCAUUGACUUCGCAGGAACCAAUGCCGAAGUUAUGCCAGCUCAAUGGGAGUACCAAGUUGGACCCAAUCUAGGCAUGAAAUGUGCAGAUGACCUGUGGGUGUCUCGUUACAUUCUGUGGAGAAUUGCCGAAGACUACGGUGUAGUCGUUACGUUUGAUCCUAAACCAAUGGAGGGUAACUGGAACGGCGCAGGUGGCCAUUGCAAUUUCUCCACCAAGCAAAUGCGGGCGGAAAAUGGCAUCGAAGCGAUUAAGGCCGCUAUUGAAAAACUUUCCCAUCAACAUGCCAAGCACAUUAAAGCGUACGACCCCCGCGGAGGUAAGGACAACGAGCGUCGACUGGUGGGACGACUGGAGACCUCGUCUAUUGAUAAGUUCAGUUGGGGAGUUGCCGACCGCAGCACGAGUGUUCGUAUCCCUCGUGGAGUAGCUGACGCCAAGAAGGGCUACCUCGAAGAUAGACGUCCCAGCUCUAACUGUGAUCCGUACAGCGUUUGCAAUGCCAUUCUUACCACGUGUUUGGUUGAUUAAGUAUUUUUUUCUUUCGCUUUAAAGCAACCUCAAAACACUCGACAAAUAUAUCCACUCCUGUUAAUUGCUGUUGUGUAUUUAUGUAUAGUGUCAGAUGAACAAAAUGUGUUUAGGAACGGCAUUUAGUUGACACUGGCAGCCAGAAAAUAUGUCGCAUUUUUUGUAAACUUGUUUAAGAAGCUAACAUUAUUCUGCAACUUCGAAUUUGGUGAAUUCUAAAAAAGAUGAAAAUAUUAACAGUGCCGAAUAAACGAAGAUGUGACCUGCAAAGAGAGAAUUAAAUAGAAGAGGGAACUUAGUGAAACCUACUCAAGUUGCAAACUAGCCAAUUGUGUAUACAUAUUAGUUUUCGUUCAGUUUAGGCGCGUUAAACAGAAUGGAUGAUUUGAAGAGAACGCUUGUUGAUAAGAUUUUGUAUACGAAAAUCACAAAGAUGCUUACUGUUACGUUUAGGGAAACUCUGUUGUCUCGCAGAAAGGACAAAGGCACCGUGUUAUCGACUGACUUACAUAUUGUGUUUUACGUCAAUUUAACACUUAUAGAAUAGCAAAAACCUCAGCGAGAUGAUCAAUCAUCGGAUCGGACAAAAUUUAUUGGCACAAUAACCUCUAGGGCGUAGUUUAUUGUUGUUUGUUGUAGGACGACAGUGAAGAGAGUAAACUUAAUAAAAUUGGACUUUGAACCACUAUUUUGAUAUUCCCGUGUAAACCAAAAAAAAAAAACAAAAACAAUAUCAACCACAAUAACGUAUCAUCACAAAAUGACUGUCCAGAUUAUUUUAGGACAAUGCAACAAUAAACAAAAGUUACUUAAA